AUGAGUGUUGUUACCAACCUGUCAAAGAAGACGUUAACUGAUGCUCAGAUAUCCCUGCUUUCGAAAGGACUGAAGUUCAUACCGACUAGAAAAACAAUAGACAAAGGAAAAUUACUUACAGACUUGUCAGCGUGGGAACGCCGUAUGCGCUUAAAAGAAUAUUUCUAUUCAGAAGACGCUGAACAUAGAACCAGGGAGGAUGAGCGUCAAUACAAAAAGAAGACCUCGACGUGGACUCCAAAGGCUGGCCGCGACAAAUGGCUGGACACAUAUAUACAAGCGGUCAAAGACGACAUCAUUUGCGGAUUAAAACGAAAAUUUAAAUAUAAUAUAAGCAAAUCGGAAGAACAGGCAAUCAAAGAAUUGCUCCACGACGAUGACAUAGUAAUUCGCCCUGCCGACAAGGGGUCGGGGAUAGUGAUAAUGGACAGGGAAGACUAUGCCAAGAAGCUGAAGUGUGAAAUGUCGGACAGUGAGACAUACAUCGCGGUGACGGAUGAUAAAACAAAGAUUGUGGAAAACAAAGUGAAGAAAGUAGCCGAUACCCUAUACAAGAAGGGGUCGAUUGACAGUGACCUUAAAAGGUAUCUCACCAGCGGCGGUGGAACUUCCGGUAAGCUUCAGGGCAACCCGAAGCUUCAUAAACCUGGGAUGCCUCUCCGCACUAUUGUAAACGGCCGCAAUCACCCGACAGAGAAGAUGGCGGAAAUAGUGGAGAGUGAAUUACGCGAUCAUAUACAGCAGCCGUUACCAGACGGUACCAUCAUAUUUUGUUUGGAUGUGAAGGCUCUUUACCCCAGCGUACCAAGAGAAGAAGCCCGUGCUGCAGUAUUUGAAGCUCUCAAUCGGCGAGUGCAACCGGAAGUACCAACCAACGACAUGAUCACAAUGAUGGACACUGUUCUAAAUAACAACACCAUUUCAUUCAAUGGAGACCACUACAUGCAAAAUGAAGGAACUGCUAUAGGAUCGCACUUAGGAAUGAAUUACGCAUCGACCUACAUGGGAGCCUGGGAGACAGAGUUAUUUUCAAAAUCAAACAAACAUCCAAUAGCCUACUUCCGGUUUGUUGAUAAUGUUUGGGGCUUGUGGACACAUGGUUUGGAGGCACUAAAGACAUUCCAUGCGGUUGCAAAUGAAAUCCAUCCACUAAUACAGCUAGAGCUCCGUUACUCCACAGAGCAGCUCGAAUUUCUAGACACCAUGACGUCUAUUCGAAAAGGAAGGCUGGUUUCAGACCUAUAUACCAAACCAACAUAUCGGCACCUCUACCUGCACAUGGACUCGUCGCAUACCGAGUCUACGAAGAAGGCCAUUCCGUACGGCUUAUGUGUGAGGCUAAAAAGAAUAUGUUCGGAAGAGACGGACUACAAAAUACACAGAGAUGAGAUAAAAAGAGCAACUACAGAAGCGAGGAUACAAUGGCCGAUUUGUCGAGACAGAGCUGAAGAAAGUUGA